GUGCGAAUACGUAUUCGUACAUCGCUCCGUUUUUUAAGCUGCUAUAUAUGCUGCCGAGUGGCAAGUGGUGGCCUGUGGCCAUAUAGUAUCUAUCUCUCCGUACAAGCGAGUCGCUGGGUAGUGGCGCUCGAUUGUGUGCGUGCCGUGCGUGUGCACAAGAGACACUAAAGUGCAUUACAUCCGUAGUACACAUAACUACAUCAGCGUUUACGUAUGCACGUAUAGUUUAAUCAUAUCAACAGAACACGUCAGAAAAUGGCAGAACCAGGACCGAGUAAAAGCGAUAUCGAGGAAGUCUUCAAGCGCCUGCGAGCUCUUCCUGCCAAUAAGACAUGUUUUGACUGUAAUGCCAAGAAUCCAGCUUGGUCCAGUGUUACAUAUGGGGUUUUCCUGUGUAUUGAUUGUUCAGCUGUACAUAGAAAUUUAGGUGUUCAUUUAACUUUUGUACGUUCAACCCAGCUGGAUACUAAUUGGACAUGGCUGCAAUUAAGAAAUAUGCAAUUGGGUGGCAAUGCUAAUGCUAGAAAGUUUUUUGCUCAAUAUAAUUGCAGCACUACUGAUGCUCAUCAAAAAUAUACGUCUCGAGCUGCCAUGCAAUAUAAACAAAAAUUAGUUCAACUUUCUAAUGAAGCAAUGAAACGUUAUGGGACACAGCUGCAUUUGGAAGAGCAUACAGAAAGUGAAAAUGUCCCAAAAGAAGUGGAUUUUUUUGAAGCACAUGAAAAUUUUGAUUUAAAUUCUGAAGCCACUGUGCCUAGCAAUCGUUCUCAUUGUGAUACAAUCACAAAAUUAGUGGAUGAAGAUCAUGACAUUCAUAGUUCUGACAACAUAAAUGCAGAUUUUCCCACUAAAAAUGCUGAUAAAACCUCAGAGCCAGCUGUUACCAUUGGAUCUUCAUUAUUAGGAAGUUCAGAACCAAGAAAGUCCACCAUUGGAAGUAGGAAACCUCAAAUAAGAAGAGGCGGGAUCGCUAAAAAGGGACUUGGUCUGGGUGCUCAAAGGAUUGUAACAAAUUUUGAAGAAAUUGAAAAAAGUGCUGCAGAAGCAAGUACUAAAGAAAAAUUGAAACUUGAAAAUGCAGAACCAUCUGAAGAAGGUGAAAGUCAAAUGAGCGAAGAACUAUCUUCUAAAUAUGCACAAGAUCUUGCUGAUCAAGUUAAAAAAAUUGAAGAAAGAGUGCAAAAUAUGAAUCCUUAUAAAGCAAAUGAAGCUGCAAGACUUGGAAUAGGUUUUAAUACUAAUAGAGGCGUUAGUCAUUCUGCUUUUUCUGAUAUGCAAACAAUAAAACAAGAGAGAUCAGAAUCUGUUACAAAAUCAGAACCAAGAAUGAAAAAAUCAAGUGAUUUUCAUUACAUGAUGUCUGGAUUUGAAUCUGUGACAAAUGAUUUUCCUAAAAGUUCUUCCAAAAAUUCUUCAAAGAGUUCUUCUAGAAGUUCAUCAAAAAGUUCAACAAAAAGUUCAACUAAAAGUUCAACAAAGACCCCUACCACUAAAAGUGGUAAAAAUUGCAUGGAUGAAUUUAUAGUGCAAGAAGAACCAAGCAAACAUGAAGUAAGAAGUCAAUUUUCUGGCCCUCCUCCAAUGCAAAUGUCCUCAUCAAAAAGUGCCAGUAGUAUAUCAAAUAAAAAUAGUAGAUCCAAUGAUUAUGGAGAUAAUGAAGCUCAGAAGAAGUUUGGCAGUGCAAAAGCAAUUAGUUCUGAUCAAUAUUUCCGUGACUCCAAGAACGACGAUAAUGCGUAUGGAGAAAGACAGAACUUACGUCGAUUUGAGGGAUCCUCCAGCAUUUCAUCGUCAGAUUAUUUUGGCAGGGAUCAAAUGUCACCAAACUCACAGAACCCUUCAUUAUCCAUGAAUUUGCGAGGCAGCGUUGAUUUCGAUGACGUUCGAGAAAGUGUGAGGCAAGGCGUCAACAAAGUAGCCGGUAGACUGAGCUCACUAGCUAAUGCUGCUGUUAAUUCUAUACAAGAUCGAUACGGUCUUUGAGCAUAAAAAAAUUUUUAUGCACUGCAUACAUUUUUUUCAUCAAUUUGUUAAUAUUACUAUUAUUAUAUUUAUUAUUACUGAUAACACUAAUUCAAAAAUGAGCAAAAACUUCUUUUACUCCAAUUGUUAUUACUUGAAAAUUUGCCCACUGAAUAUUGACAUUUAUGUACAUAAAAGAAUUUUAGAAAAUAGAUUAUUAUGGUAAAA